GCGUUAAAGUGUACCAAGUGUACCGUGCAUUACCAGCAUUACUCCGUGAGCUCGCCUGUGCGGUCUGGGCAUGUGUAACUUUAUUGUGCUAUCGGUGUGAUAUUGAUUAGCCUUUGAGGCUGGCUGGCUGAUAUUUUACUGCUUUGAGCAGUCAUGGUGAAGAUCAAAGUCCAAUGUGACAACGCCGUUCAGUUCCUAGUCGAAACUUCGCUGUGCACGCCGUUAGAUGCACUUGUGAAUGACCUAACAGGUAUAUACAACGGAGUUUUGGUUAUUCGUCAAGUCGCAGCUGAUAUUGAAGGCUUCGCCAGACAGCUCGUCGCUCACACCAAGGAGCCGCAGGAUGAGUCCACAGCAUCACCGCAGUCGGCGCUGGCCGAGCCUGGCGUGAUCCUCAUGAAAGUAACAGCGGAAGCAUUGGCGAGGGUGUCCAGUGCCCAGUUUGAAUCUGGAAAAUGUCUCACCAAGGACAAAAUUAAGAGCACUAAGGAGAUGCUGAAGACAACUUUAUCUGCCCUGGAGCUUCCUGAAGCUGUAGAAAAGGAGCGAAAAGCGUUGGUAGCAAGCGUUGACAAAGGGGAGAUUGAGAAACCUCUCUCCCUCAGUGAUGCCAAACUUUGGUGGGCGGGAAAAGAACUGUGUCGUGGGAAUGAACUGCGUAAAUAUUUUGGAAACAACGAAAAAACGACAGUGACCGCCACGCUGUCCUCGCAAGCGCCUGCAAGAAACAAACUCUCCGAAGCUCAAUUUAACGAGUACGUGCUUCUGCGAACGAAGAAGAAAAAGGAGUUUGAAGAUCUUGAGCCAGACGAUGAAGCUGAGGCUUAUGAUAGAGAACACUUGCGGAAGUCUGUGCAUGGUCUCAUGGAAAUAAAAUGGAAGCCUUAGCUGCGUA